AAGUAUAAGUAUAAUUGACAUAAAUUGAAAUUCACAUUUUAAUUAAAAAAUGUUUGGACCGUUUGUGCCGUCCCUCGUUUCAGUAAAAAAAUAUAGUUGGGGUACGUAAAAAUAAAAAUAGUAUAGAGGAGCUCCGUCCCCCCUGCGCACCCCUCCUCACAAUUCGAGCAUUCUGUGUUCAUUGAAAAACAAAUAUAUUUUAAUUGAGAUUAUUAUGAAUUAUGAUAGGAACUAGUAACUAGCUACCUUUACAAAACGGCAUGUGAGUACACAGUAGAUAUACAUUACUACAACAUAUUUAUUUUUUAAUAUGAUAAUAUAAUUAAUUACACUUAAUAAAUAUUUUGUUUUAAAUACACGUGAAUUUUUUUCACGUUCAAAUCUGAGAGCUCUAUCAUAUAUUACACUGACGGUUUCUGUUUAUAAUACAUUUUUUUGUACAUUUCUUGGAUUCAAAAUUAUCGAGGACAAUAAUAUUAUUAGCCUAAUGUUAAAAAUCUUAUAAUAUAUUAUUUCAGUUUAAAUGAUAAAUUGAUCAAAUUGACAUUCGGUUAAAUACUCUAAGAAACAUUAUUUAUAAACAAAUGUUACUGCUUAAAAAACGUCCAACGAGCUGUUUUCUGGCAAGUUUUUCAUUCAUUCUAGGAUGCAUAUUGAUGCUAUUCGUUUCGUAUCCAAUAACAUUAAUAUCAAACACUUCACCAAAUGUAUUAAGAAUUAAGUUACUCGUAAUUGUCUUAUCAGCUGUAAAAAAUAUAAAUCAAAGAGAUGCUAUACGUGAAACAUGGGCUCAUACAAAAGGAGACUUCAAAAUACUUUUUGUUGUAUCAAAAGACAAAUUUUUAAUUACUGAAAAGCUGGUAUAUGACGACAUAUUGGAGGUAGAUGAAAAGGAUGAGUUUAGACUACUCACUCGUAAAAUAAUAGCAUCAUUUUCUAGUGUAUAUGAUAUAAACUUUGAUUAUCUGUUAAAAUGUGAUGACGAUUCUUUUGUCAAUGUGCCGUUAAUUGUCAAUGACUUAGAACAUAUGCCUAAACAAAGGUUCUACUGGGGAUAUUUUGAUGGUGAUGCAGCUAUUAAAGAUCGUGGUAAAUAUAAAGAAACUGAUUGGAAAGCAUGUGAUAGAUAUUUACCAUAUGCUUUGGGAGGAGGCUAUGUUUUAUCCAAAGAUCUUAUCAUCUAUAUAGUGAAGAAUCGAGAUUACCUAAGUUUCUUUGCUAGUGAAGAUGUUUCGGUUGGCGCUUGGUUAAGUCCAUUAAAUAUUACUAGAAAACAUGAUCGGCGAUUUGACACAGAAUGGUGUACGCGUGGUUGUCAAAAUACUUAUUUAGUAAUACAUAAAGUUAGUAUGGAAAUGAUGAGACAGUACUGGUCAAACAUUAUUCAGACUGGAAAACUAUGUGAUAAAGAGUUUAAAGAUAGGGCUUCAUACGAGUAUAACUGGUCAGCGAAGCCAUCUGAAUGUUGUGUCAGAAAUUUGUCUUUAAUUCCAUAAAUAUAUUUUUUAACAUAAAAAGAAUGGUUUGAUUAUUAAUUUAAUAUACGCAUUUGAAAAUUGGCGUUUGUUUAUAGUUUUGAAUGAAAAAAAUACAUAUAAAUUAACAAUACAAAUUGUAUUUAAAAAUUAAAUUUUAUUUUUAUUGUGUAUGUAUAAUUCACAACAAUAUUAAAAAUUACAAUAAUUUCAAUUAUUUGUUCUUACACAGUAAGAAAAUUAACAUAACAUUAUACAUUAUAAUAUAUGUAUGUAUAAUGGAUAUUAUAUAAAAUAAAAACUUGUUUCAUUCUUAA